CGGGGAGACAAUACACAACUCUUUGUCUCCAAAAUAAACUCGUGAAAGCCAUAUUUGGUAUGGAUAUGUUUCGUUCUAUCAAUAAAUGUUAUCAAUGAUUUCCGAAUUCACUGGCGAGUCAUUUUACGUCUCGAGAGAUCCUCUCUUCCUUUUGUAACUUGACUCCACUUGGACGUGAAAGUAGCGCAGUCUCCGUGUUAUAACGUACAAACUACCCUAGACUAAUUAGCGUAAUUGUAGUUUGUACGCUUUUGUGUUAGUGGAAACAUUAAGGAAGUAAAAUCUAACGGGUCAAAGGGAUAUAUAAGUGCAUCAGACCGAAGUCUUAUCUAAACAUAAUAUCCAUGUCAUGGUACAGUGAAGGUGUCUCACAAUACUAGUCUGUUUUAUAUACUCAAUAUAUAGAGUGUUCAAAAUAAUUCUUUUCAUUUCUUGGAUGAGGCUAAACAAAUAGACAGACAGAUUUUACAACUCAAUGUAUGCGAAACAUAACGUACUCAACAAUGAGGCUACAACUCACAAAGACGCCAUUGCCAUCAUCGGCAUCGGCUUCAAGGGUCCAGGGGCGGAAAACCUGGAACAACUUUGGGAGGUCCUUGAAGGAGGCAAAAAUUACGUCUUGGAUCUUCCAAAAGAUCGAUGGAACGUUGACGCCUUCUACGACCCAGAUCCACAGGCCACUGGGAAGUACUACACAAGAAAGGCUGGACUCUUAUCCAAUCCCCUGGACUUCGACAAUACUUUCUUCGAUAUCAAUGACAUUGAAUCUGAUCAAAUGGACCCUCAGCAGAAGUUUGUUCUAGAAUGUAGUUACAGAGCCAUGGAACAUGCUGGAAUUACGAGGAGAUCGAUACAGGGUUCAAAGACAGGUGUUUAUAUUGGCGCCAUGAACUGCGACUACCGGGGUCUGUUUCCAGUAGGCUACUCGGUUGUCAGUAACUACACAGUCACCGGUGUUUCAAACAGCAUCAUAGCGGCAAGAGUUUCCUACGCGUUUGACCUGAGAGGACCCUGCAUGGUUCUUGAUACGGGCUGCUCCUCAGCUCUAUUAGCCAUCCACACAGCCUCCCAAGCUCUUUUGAACGGUGACUGCACUAUGGCUAUAUGUGGAGGUACCAACUUUAUCGGUUCCCCGGAUAUUUUUAUUCACCUCAGUAAGGCCCAGAUGGUGUCGCCCACUGGACAAUGCCAUGCCUUCUCUGAGCAGGCGGAUGGCUACACACGAGGGGAGGGCUGCGGAAUCGUCCUCCUGAAGAAACUGUCUGAUGCUGAAAGGGAAAAUGACAAAAUCUUAGCCGUUAUCACUACUGGAACCAAUCAAGAUGGCCACACGGUGACCCCAAUCUCUGCCCCAUCCAUGUCUCAACAAAUUCAGUUACUGGAAGACAUGUACCGAGAUUUGAGUCUGGAGCAACUUGAUGAAAUAGAAUACAUUGAGGCUCAUGGUACCGGUACACAGGCAGGAGAUUACGCUGAAGCCAAUGCACUGGGAAAGUUUUUCAAAAAGAGAGGCUCUUCUAAAAAGAGACUCAUAGGGUCCAUCAAAACAAAUAUAGGUCACUUGGAGUCUGCUGCUGGUGUUGUUGGCCUAAUCAAAGUUUUGCUCAUGAUGCAGCACCACAAAUUCGUCCCGUCCCUUUUCUCUGAGUCCCUCAACAAGAGAAUAGAUUUCGAAGCCUUGAAUCUAGUUGUGGCAUCUCAAGUCAAAGACUGGACAACAGAAAACAAAGUUGGCAGUGUGAACAGUUUUGGUUUUGGCGGCUCCAACUGUCACGCCGUUGUCAGAUCGGUUGUUCAGAGAGAUUGUAAGAAAGCAGAAACAACCAAUCAGGUGAACAAGGCGUGCGUCGUCUGCUUUAGUGGAAAGACUGUGACGUCACUUAUGGGAAGUUUAAGAGAUCUUGCCAACUACAAGCGACUGAAACUGCUUGACGUUCGAGAUAUAGCAUACACCUCAACAUGUCGAAGAAGUCAUUACAGGGAAAGAAAAGCGCUGAUUGUUGCCAGCAUAGAUGAUUUGAUAGAUCAGGUUAAUCUUGUGUUAAACUCCGAUCAACAGGAAACAAAUUUUAAAGACCCUCAGAUAGUAUUUGUGUUUGGUGGGAUGGGUACGUCGUGGACUGGAAUGUGUGAAGAACUUCUUGAGAGGAGUCCAGUGUUCCAAGAGACCAUCAAAGAAAUCGAUAACUGUUUGAAGAAGUACGUGACCUGGUCAUUGUAUCAACGGCUUGCUAACAGAGUUGACCUCAAUGACCACCUAGUUUCACCCAUAGCUAUCUUUGCUUGUCAGGUGGGCUUGGCGAGGUUGUGGUUAAGUCUAGGAGUUAAACCUGGUUACACAGUGGGCCAGUCAGUUGGGGAAGUGGCCGCUGCUUAUAUUUGUGGACACCUGUCCCUUCAUGACGCAGUCAAAGUGAUUUACACGAGGUCUCUUCUUCUGAGUAAAGUCGUAGGUGGAAAGAUGUUUAUUGUUAGAAACAUGGACGUCAAGGAAAUAGAGGCUAUUGUAGAUAGUUGCCAUAGCUACGCCAAUGUUUCUGUUGUAUAUAGUUCUACUUCCUGUGCCAUCAGUUCAGAAUCUGAUAAAGUUGAUGCUAUCAAAAAACAAUUGCUGCAUGAGGCCAACAAACAAAACCUACAGCUGAGUUUCACUGACUUACCUGUGCCGACAGCCUAUCACAGUCAUCGCAUGGAUACUAUCAAAUUUAAAUUGCAAGAUGCAUUAGCCGAGAUUGUACCCCAAACUAGCCCCAAAUUUCAGAUGGUAUCCACAGUUACUGGGGAAAAUAUACAAACUCUGCUUGACUCUAGCUAUUGGGUGAAAAAUUUAAGGGAGCCCGUUCGGUUUAGCGAUGCCAUAAGAAGCACUUACAAACCAAGUUCAGGAAACACAUACAUAGAAAUCAGUCCUAAGCCUGUGCUAAAAGCUCAUAUGCAGGAUAUUUUCAAAGAAGAAAAUGUUGAGCUAGUCGUUUCCAUGACACCAAACAGCGAAUGGAAAACACUUUUGGAAGGCGUAGCUAAACUAUACUGUCAAGGUGUUGAUAUUGACUGGAAGACCAUUUCCCAGUACGAACGAGUAGUCACGCCUGUGCCACGUUAUUGUUUUGAUUGUCGAAAAGGUUUCUACAAAAGUGAAGCAGCUCACCUGUCCCUAGCUGGUGUGGACUGUCUGAGACUGUCACAUCCCUUUGUGUAUCAGGUAAACGACACAGAAUCAAUGGUCAUGAUCUCCCAGGUCACAUUCCCCUCCGUCUACGAGCACAAAGUCUCAAACAUUCUUAUCGUUCCAGGGGCUUUUUAUGUAGAAGUCGGUUUGGCCAUCUCUAAAUCUCACCUGGAAAUGAAAGCGCCUAUGUACACUGUCUCGGCGCAGUUUGAGCAAGCGCAUCGUCUUUCUCGAGAAGGAUCGACUUUGUUUCAAGUUGAGUGCAUCAAGAUGUCUUCAAAGAGAAGUGAACUCAAUCCUUUUGUUAGCUACAAAAUCAACGUAAAGCAUGAAGGCACAGUCUUAGCCUGUUUAACGUUAAACCCUUUAACAUUAAAACUUUAUCUUCCAAAAGAUAACAUACAGUUUUUGAAAGCUAAAUGUGUACAACGUGUCCAGAAAGAUGACAUUUAUAGUCUUCUGAAGCAAUAUGGUUUUACUUAUGGACCAAAGUUUUCCCUCUUGGUAAGUGCAUGGAAAUCGAUGGAUGAGUGUAUAGCUGAAAUUGCAGUUCCUACAUCUCUAGCCAGAGAAAUUCCUGGAACAACGCUUCAUCCGUCUAUAAUAGACUGCAUGAUUCAAGCCUCUGUUAUUUUAGCAGAGGGCUUUAAACACGCUAAAGAGCUUUUGCCUAAAGGUGUAGAAAAACUAACAUGUUUUAGAGCUAUUGAAACACAAAUGUACAUUAUAGCAACAAAGAGAGGCCAUGACAGAGACUUGGACUUCUACGACGUAAAACUAACGUCUUUAGACGGACACGUCAUUGCCUUAAUGGAGAAUUUAUCGCACAAAAUACUGUCCAGAAACACAGAGAACAUAGACACAGCUUACCAAUGUGUGUGGACCAAAUUGGACAGUGUCUAUCCUAAAGUCCCUCAAAGAAAGCCAAAGGUGUUGUUUCUUACAGACUUGAUACCAGUUUGUACCCCCAUGGAAAUAAAUAACCAAUGUUUGAAGUUAAAUAUCAUAAAUCAUCCAUGGGAUGUUUUCAAGGGCAAGUUGCCAACUUUGAAUAGCUCCAUUGAUUUCAUUGUGAUUCUGAUUGCGAACUGCAAUGUCAAUGACUCUGAAGAGGGAGACGUAGUCUUGCAGAAAACCCUAAAUCUCUGUUUAUUUCUCCAGCAAAUGUAUAACUGCGCUUUCAACCAAAGGUAUCAAAAUCCCAUAUUUGUUUUUACAAAAGGUGCCUUUGCACCAGUGGAUGGUACCCAAUCAAAUCCUGCGGACGUUCUCAAAUCAAAUACAGUUAAUCCCAUCAUGACAUCCUUGUGGGGGAUGUUCAGGUGUGCAGUCCAUGAACCGAUACACGAGUACGUCUUUGCACUGGAUCUUCAUAUCCCAACAGAGUCACUAAGUCUUUCACUCUUGGCAUCCAUCGCCGAGCUAAUCAACAGCGACAUACACCUCAAAACGUACCCAGAGUUUAUUGUGACGGAGACACAACUGUACGUAAACCAGAUUAUCACAGUGGACAAAGACCUACGUGUGCCCAGCUUCAGGCUGAACCACACAGACAGCCGCACUAGUCAUCUUGUACUAAGUCGUCACCCAUCAAUAUGUGAUAAUACAUUGUGUAUAUAUGAUAAAAACUCUGCUUCUGUCAGCACACCAGACACAAUUGCGAUACGUAUAUCUAAUGCAGCUAUUCAGAAUCCCCAUCUGUACUCUCUAGCUGUUCCUUACUGUGAAGACAAUUCCAUCACUGAAAAGAACUAUUUGGUUUAUGCUCUAGAGUUCCAGGGAAGUGUUUUUGUUAGUGAUUCUAAGACCAGGUCUGUUGUUUCAUGUUUUCCCUUCCCUGUGGCAUCAAAGAUUCACGUGCCCAAAGAUGUCGUCAUUGACUCGAGCUUGUUGUUUCAGUACAAACCUGGAGACCUAACAAAGCUGACAGUGCUGUUCUCCCUUUGCCGUCAGGUGAAAACACGCACAGUUACUGUCCUUGCUUCAGAGAAUACAUUCCAUCUCGCACAAUGUUUAAAUAUCAUGCUGAAGACAACAGACUCUUCAAUUAGAGUGGCCAUUAUAAAUAUUGAACAGUUACAUUUUGAAGACAGUAUUAACUUAGAAGAAACAGUAGUAUCCCUCAUUCUGACCGAUCCUAGAAUAAUUUCUGCAUUAGCCUUGAUGAAGACAAAACCCAAACAUUUUAUAACAAUGUAUAAACUAAUAGAAGACGUGGUAACUUUGUUCUCACAAACACUGGCGUCUGUUCAUCUCGACUUCAUAGACACAAAACAGUUAUUUGCUCCUUGUGUCCUUACCAAGACAAUACCUCAGGUAGCUGAAUGGAUAAAACAGCACAGACUAGAACUGAAUACAGUGCUACAAAGUUUACACGAAGACAACAAUUGCUUUGAUGAAAAUACUUUUGAUCUCAGAAAGCUUCUAGAAGUGAGCGUCUAUUCAUUGUCUGAAGACUACGUCAGAGCUGGAAAAUCAGACUUAUUUCUUAAAGACAGUUUGUACAUAGUUGUUGGCGGUUUGACAGGGCUAGGCUGGUUAACUGUCAAAUAUCUGGCCGAAAAUGGCGCGGGAUGCAUAGCUAUAUUCAACAGAAGAUCCGCUAGUGAUGAGAAAAAGUCUGAGAUGAACCAACUCUCUAAAUCAACGCAUUGUCUAAUUGAAGUUUUCAGUGUUGAUGUUACAAAGAUGGGCGCCUUGAAAGCUUUAAUGAACUCUCUGAAAAGUAGAUUACCAAACAAAACUCUUAGGGGAGUUUUUUUUAGCGCAGCAAUACUUCAAGACCAGCCAUUAUUGGAAAUGAAGAAAGACGAUUUUCUGAAAGUUCUUCAGCCUAAAGUAGCAGGAGCUUGGAACAUGCACUUGUUGACGAAAGACACACACUUGGACUACUUUGUCAUGUACUCAUCUGUCGCCUCCGUAGUUGGCAAUUUCAGUCAAGCCAACUAUGGCACAGGUAACGCUUUCAUGGACGGGCUCGCGUUCUACAGAAGGUCUUUCAAUCUUUCUGGGCAGAGCAUCAACUGGGGCGCACUAGAUCUUGGGAUGCUGGAAGGAAAUGACGAGGUCAAAAAGAAGCUAGAGUCUAAAGGCUUCGUGAUAAUGCCCGAAGAGGUUAUAUGUAAAUACAUGCAGCCAAUGCUUCUACUAAACUGGACUCAGCUCAUGCCUUGCCAAUUUAACCAACAGAUCUCAGAAAAUACUUUUUCUGGUGCCCCGGCAAGACUCCGUAGGAGGAUGACGUCAUUGUUUCGCUGGUUUCAGAAAGAGGAGGUGCAGGUCAAAGAGGAUACACUUAGCAUUGCACGUGAUCUUCCACCUGACCAGAGGCUGGCCAUCUACGAGCAGUUUGUCGUUGACCUGGCCACUCAAAUACUUAAUCUUCCGAGACAAACUUUGAGACGUGACUCAAACCUGGUGGACUACGGCCUUGACUCCAUCGUGGCCAUGACCAUGAUAACGUACAUUUACAGGCAUGCAGGAUGUCGUCUGCAUCUCUUCCAGUUUAUUAGCGGUCACGCGGCUGUACAGGACAUUGCCAAAAGCAUUGACGAAGCGAUUUCAAAUGUACCUUGACUCUAGAAUAUUUGUAAUAAAAUGUACUGUCUUCAUUAAUUAGAAAAUGUUUGAUACCGGAUAAAAACAAUCAGUGAUUUAAAAAUGUGACAAUGCCAUAGAAACAGUCUAUUCAUCAUUUUUGUUUUCAUCUUGUUCAGUUCCUGCUUUAAGUUGCACUCUCUACAUGAUACUGCUGUAGCGUGUUAGAAAAAUGAGUGGCAGGCAAAACUUCUUUCAUUUCCACAACAGCUCUAACGAUUUUGAAAUAUAUUUGACAGCUUAUAUUUUCGGGAAGAAAAUCACUAGUAAUUGGCAACAACAACUGUUACAAAUUUUCAAACAUAUUUAAUCAUCUUGAAAUUGAAAUUUUAUCAAUGAAAUGGUUCCGUUUGAAGACGAAGAAAGAGAGAGAGAGAAAAAAAAAAGACAUUUUUCGAACUUGUGUCGUCCCACGGCUUCACGGAACUACCGCCCUCGACUAAAAUGUUUCUUUGUAUUCAACAAGAAGCACAUAAACAUUUAGCACACCGCCUGGUGUUAGGUUAAGUGUUUACGUUUAGUUCAGUGCAGACGAAAUGUUAACUCCAUGAAGAAUUUAAAACCACAGACCUGUAAAUAUCAUAAAUAGACUGGAAUCGCCGUUCUCUCAACACUACACAAGAAUAACUAAAAACUUCAUAAAGCUGAAACAAGGUUUAGUUAUAUAAAGUUAUAAAAAUAUAACAAGUAAAGUUGCUUUUUUUUUCAAACCUAGCCUAUGUAACAUAUAAUAUUUAUAAUCAUUUUAAUGUUUAGUCCGAGUAAUUAACCAUCGUAAAUAAAAGCACACUCGUCUCAUAAUUAAUAUUGAGCAAUUUUUAGAUUAAUAGCCCAUUAUAAUUAAAAUCUGCAAAAUGUGAUUGCCUUAUUUCUAAGACAGAAAAGAGAAUAUUCCAAGAUUUAGUCCGAAUUCCCUUACAGCUUGUAAAAGAAUUAGGCCUACGUACGGAUUCGAAUUUGAAUUCGUCUUCCAGUCUAGGUAAAAUAUAUAUGGGUCUGUGUUUAAAAUAUAUAAAUGUAAAAUACUAGACUGGAUUCUAUAUUAAAAGAUUUUAAUGAAAGAUUUUAAUAGCUGGCGUUGAUUUUGCGAAGCUAACUGGAAAGCAAUCAUGAAACAUUUCAAGAAAUGAAUAGAAUAAAAAAAUCACAGGCCACCAUCAGCUUCAGAAAAACGAAUUGACUUUUUCAACAAGCCAAACCCAAGCAUGACUGUCAUCUAUUUCAAUAUUGCAAGAAUAGUAUUUCUUCUUUAAACAUGACCACUAAAUGAUGAAGGAAAUGGUUAAUGUUUUCAAAGAUUCUGGUAUGUGACAUCGACUAUGACAUUUCUAUUGGAUCCAAAUAUGGAAAGAGGGAGAAAAAGCUUGUACAAAACGUAAGAAGAGGAAUAACUCCACGUAUACAGCCACAUCUCUUUAUAAGAAGCAUUUAUUUCUUUUUUGCAAUACCAAACAAAUAAUUUACUACCAAUAAUUAACUAGUUGGUUAAUUUUUUGAUUGACUUAUGUUUCGUUUGGUACAAUAAAUAAUUGUGUAAAGUUUUAACGUAAUCCGAGAAUGAACAUAGGAGAAACAACGUGUAAAAACAAUUGUACCAAAUUUAUUUCGGCUUUGUAAAAACUUAUUUUACUGAUUAUUUAUGAAGGAUUAAAUGAAUGAUACAAAACUGAUGCCCAAAAAUGACUUGUACACUGCAAUAUACAUACCUUAUAAGAUAAUGCAUAAACUUUUGUAUUGUUCAUUAAAUUAAAAACAAAUUAUGUGAAUGUAAUUAGGGCUAGUUAGAAUAUUUGUGUCGGCGUGUAUGUGCAAAUCAGAUAAAUACAAGUUUUAUCAACGUC